CCUGUAUCGGGGUUAUCUUCUCCAGUAAUUCUUAUGAAUGUCUGCUCCAGAGAAGAUCUUCCCUUAACAUAACACAGAUUGCUGCAGACUCCGAGUUUUAUAUGAUGGAAUCUGAGAGAAAUCCAGCCAGCUGUUCGGAGAUAAAAGAAUGCUGGCCUUCCUCUUAUGAUGGAGAAUACUGGUUAUAUCCAAAAAGAUUUGGCAGAAAAUCCCCAGUGAAGGUCUAUUGUCAUAACAUGUCUUCACCAGAAACAGCGGAGGAAUAUGUGACUCUACAAAGACAGAACUACUUUAUCGGCCAUGAUGCAUCCCAUCUGAUUUCCUUCGCGCGUUGUACUAGGAAUUCUCUUCCUAUAAUGAGAACCGAGUUUUCAAAAGUCCGAAUAAAUAUUGAGUCGAUGAGCGUUGUGCAGGAAGAUUUCACUUUUGCAAUGACAACUGGAAACAGUAGCAAAGUUGAGAAUGUACCAUUCGGUACAAGCAGCGAUUGUACUGCUGAAACUUGGUGGGAGAAACGCUGGGGGCCUUGCCAGCUGGAAGGAACAUUUCUUAUUGAUUUACAAGACACGGGACUAUCUAUUGUCAAAUCGGUCGGAUGGGUCAACGGUAGUGCAGAUUGGUUCAGUGAAAUUCGACAAUUCAGUCGAUCCGCCGACUCCACAACAGUAAGCUGCCUCGUGAUUGGUUGGUGUGGGAACUGUUUACCAAAUGAUACCAUUAUACUUGAACCUCUUACCGGAGCAGAAACAACUGGAACAGCGCAGACAGUGAUUUGUGACUGAAUGGUGAACAUUAGAUGACUUUAGUAAUGUGUUCACAAAAUUUAUAUGCUAAACUAUCCAAAUCACAUAUCAAAUUAAAAAUAUUCCGAAUUU